UUGGAUACGUUCACAUUAAAAUUUUUAUUUCCAUUAAAAGUAUUCACACAACAGAAGAAAAUUAUUAUGAACUAGGGCUUUAGGGUAGUUUUCCCUCUACCAUACAUAUCGACUGUUUCCUCUCAUUUUCUGUUUCAAAUCUCUGUGUGGCGAACAAGAAAGAGGUCGGAGGCUCAACAUCCAACCAUUCAUUUCAGAAAUGGCUGAAGUAGAAUUAAAGACUGUGCCAGAAUCUGUGCUUAAGAAGAGGAAAAGAAGCGAUGAAUGGGUGAAGAAUAAGAAACAGCAAUUAGAAGCUGCUAAAGCACGAAAUGCCCAAAACCGCAAGCUUAUUUUCAAGAGGGCUGAACACUACAUUAAGGAGUACAGGGAUCAGGAACGAGAUCUUAUAAGAUUGAAGCGGGGGGCCAAGUUAAGAGGAGGUUUUUAUGUUGAGCCCGAAGCAAAGCUAUUGUUUGUCAUUCGAAUUCGUGGUAUCAAUGACAUGCAUCCAAAAACACGGAAGAUUUUGCAGCUGUUGCGUUUGAGACAGAUCUUUAAUGGAAUCUUCCUUAAAGUUAACAAGGCAACUAUGAAUAUGCUGCAUAAGGUUGAGCCAUACGUGACUUAUGGCUAUCCUAAUUUGAAGAGCAUCCGUGAGCUGAUAUAUAAGAGAGGGUUUGGAAAGGUGGACAAGCAGCGUAUUCCACUGACGGACAAUUCUGUCAUUGAAAAGGUCUUAGCUCAAUAUGGAAUCAUCUGUGCUGAAGAUCUCAUUCAUGAGAUUACCACUGUUGGCCCCCAUUUUAAAGAGGCAAACAACUAUUUAUGGCCAUUUAAGCUCAGUGGUCCAUCAGGUGGACUGGAAAUGAAGCGGAACCAUUACAUUAAGGGUGGAGAUGCAGGAAAUCGCGAGGAUAAAAUCAAUGAGCUUAUAAUGAGGAUGAAUUAGCAACGUGUUAAGACUGUUUUGUUCGAUCUUAUAUUUAGUAUCUUGAUGUGGUUCUUCUAAGCCAUUUGAGGUAACUUGACAAUAUUAGAGUAUGAGACAAUUAGUGACUUGACUACACUUUUCUGCAGUAGUUCACAGAUGGCUGCGUGAUUAAAUUGUUCAUAGCCAGUGAAGUCUCUUGUCAAAUCUUCAAGAACAAGAGGAAAUUUUGUCCGUACUCUUUAUUAACAGAGUCAUUGCAUAAUGUAGACUUAGUGGUUUUAAUUACCCCAUGCUUCACCGUUUGGUUGAGUUUACUUUGCAGCGUAUUGCAAAUAAUGACUGUAAUCUUGCAGUAUAUUCCAUUUUGACACGAUCUAUUUCAUUAAUAUUAUUGUAUAAUGUAUAUCUCACAAUAGUAAUACUAUUUCUUGCGGAAUAUUCCAUUUUGACA